GUCAAUGCCGUUGACCUGCCAGAGUUCCCGCUGCGCCACGGCCUGCGCCUGCCGCCCAACGACCAGAGCCUCGUCAUGCCAAAUUGGGAGCUCGCCCCUCCAGGCGCGGCGGGCGCCACGGGGCAGCUGCGUGGCGGCGGUGCACGACAGCAGCAGCAGCAGGCGCAGGGCGGCGGCCGCGGCGGCGGCAGCGGUGGCGGCGCGGCGGCGAUGGACCUGACUUGA